AUGGGGUCAGCCGUUGCAAAACCGCUGAUAAGAAGACGCGGUUGGGAGAAAACGAAAGAUGUAGCUGUGAAUACGCCCAAUUGGAACGUGGAUGAAAAUGUCAACGACAAUUGUCAGCCCAGUGUGGGAUGUCUGCGGGAUUCUCCGGCCGGCGUUAACAAGAUUUCUCAUCUAAUCAACGGGUUACAGGCAGCAAACGAGCCCUUCACGAGCUCCCCCGAGAGCAUAUCCUCCAGCACUCUCAACGAAAUUAUUGUAACGACACCGGUCAACACUCCCUGCAGAACUGGAGGCCCAAGCCCUCGGAGCAUGUCAGUGAUCAGAGGCCUAUCCUUCCUUGACAGCUGUUUUAUGUCGAGCAUAUGCAUUCCCACAUACCGGACAGCUUCUCCGGAAGAACCCCUGCAGCCGCGGAACACUCCACUUAGGAGGAACCCAGACCUGGAGCAAGACACGCCCAGCGAAACAAGCAGCACGAGUCAGUCGUGUCGGUCUCCGAGAACUGACACCUCGACGGAAACAAACGUCCAGCUGGUAGAAGUGGCGGACAAUGCAUCCUCGCCCGAAGGCAACGAUCCGGCGGCUUCCAAAACCCAGGCAACAGGUCUCAGCCCAGACCAGAUAGGAAAUAUUCGGAAGCAGCUCUACACGGAGGGACUGAAUCCGGCAGAGAGGGAAGGCGGCGUGGCAUUUUUCAUCCCUGUAACGGAAGAUGGUAUGCAGCCAUUGACAGAUGGGGCGACAGUCGCAGAACGCCUGACCAAGACCAAAAAGGCCAGUUUAAACUACGAAGAACGAAUGAUCCUCGCCAACAUAAACAGACAGACCCAGCUCUUCAAGAGAAAACAGUUUGCAGUCAGGGACAUUCGCAACGUUAGAGGGGCAGCGUCCACCACAGACAUGACUGACCGCAUGAAACAAUUCGACCAAGAGAACGUGGACUUCGACGCCUUUCUCAAUAAUUUCGCCAAUGAUGACCUAGAUACUGAUGAACCGUAUACCAGAAAGACUUUUGGCAGCCGGAGUCUGGGGGCUACAGAUACAACGGGACGGAAUAUAAACAGAGAAUGUGAUAUGUUUCUCGCGGGUGAUGAUAGUUCUUAA